UAGAAAAUGUUGGGGGGGAAGGAGGAUUUGCUUGAGUACUAUUGUUUCUAGUUGUGAUUUCAUAAUCCCCAGACGUUUGUUGCAGAUAAGAGGAGAAAAAGACAUGGAUACACCUGGUGAUGUGAAACCACCUGGAAACCUUUCUGAGCUAAGGAUAACUGAUCCUAAAAAACGUAUAACUCAAGCGGCAAUAGCAAAGUCUGAAGGAGAUAUUAUUUUACCAAAGAAUUUCGAAUACCGCCUACUGGACACAAUAAGACUAGCAACAAAUUGUUCUUAUUCAGAUUGUGGAUCUGUGUAUUCAGCAUUGAUGGGUAUGCUAUCCUGUGUAAUACCAGGUUUGAAAGAAAAUCUCCAAGCCGAUAAGAAGUCGACUGAUGUAGAAAAAACAGAAGAGGAGUACUCACAAAGUCCAGAUUGGUGUUUACUUAACAUUAAAUUUCGUUUCUUUGAAUCACGUCAAAGUAACGAUCAAGAAUGUAAUUGGCGGUUACACGAUGAUCAAUAUGAUAUUCUUGAACGGUUGAAUGAAUUGAUUACCUUACUGCAUCUCUAG